AUGAAACCAAAUGGCUGGAUUUCACUCAUAUUGAGUAAUAGAGAAUGUAUAGUAUUGCAAUUCAAUAAUGGAGUAUUCAUGAAUCAAGGAUUUGUGAUCAAUGAGCAGAAAGUGUUGAAAGUGUUUGGAAAUCAUCAAAUUGGUGAUAUUUCAUAUAAUGACGAACAAUCCAUAGAAGUAGUAGUAGAAGGAAUCGUGGAUUUGGAUCAUGGAAGUCGAUUUGAAGGAUUGGUAUUGACAGAAAAGGAAAAAGUAAAAGAAGGUAAAAUUGGAAUUCCAUUUGGAUAUGGUGAAAUGUAUGAUGAUGAUGGAAUAUUGGUGUACAAGGGCAUAAUGAUCAAUUGGAAACGAUUUGGAUAUGGAACGAGUUAUCAUAAUAAUGGUUUGAUUGAAUAUGAAGGAUAUUGGUGUGAUGAUAAGCGAUUUGGAAUUGGCAAAGUGUAUGGUCGUAAAGGUGAGUUUGUAAAAGAAUGUGAAUGGUGUAAUGGAAUUGAAAGUGAUAUUGAUGAAAAAUAUAAAGGAGAUGGAAAAAAACCAAUGAAUAUGGGACUGAAACAUUUGAAACUGACUAACUAUUGUGUAUUGGUUGAUUGGGAUGUUUCAUUGUUGUAUAAUUUGGAAUCAAUCGAAAUCGGUGAUCAUAGUUUUAAAUCAGUGAAAACAUUCAGAAUCGAUGGAUUGAAUCGAUUGAAAACGAUCAAAAUCGGAAGCAAUUCGUUUACUCAAGUGAUAUCACCUUUCUGGGAUUAUAAAAAGGCAAAAAGCAGGUCGAAAUCUUUCCACAUAUUGAAUUGUGAAUCAUUGGAAUCUAUAGAAAUUGGUGAAUAUAGUUUCAGUGAUUUUGGAGGCGACUUUGAACUGAAGAAUCUACCACAAUUACAAUCCAUUCAAAUUGGCGCAACUGGUUACUAUGCAUUUGAUUCAUACAAUUUCUACCAUAGUUCGUUUGUAAUUCGAGGUAUUGAUAUGAUAUUGAAUAUUUGA